AUGGAAAGUAUCCAGAUUCGCGCAAGCAGGCACUUAUCAUCCGAUCUGUCGAAGAUAGGUUCGUACGCUGUAAAUAGAAAUCUUUCACGUAAGGUCGUGUACGAACAGGAUUGUCCUUGCUGUCGGUGUGGAAUCGUUGAUGUACAGGAGAGGGGCGUUGUGUGGAACGAUCCAGCCUCCAGCGGCGAGGAGAGGAGCGGUCAGAUCCUUCCGCCCGCUUGCUUCCCCAUGGCUAGCGAUAGAGACUCUGAUAAUCGACUAUCAGACGCGGGAACUUCACGAAAUCAAGUGACUAUGGCCUCAAUGCUCAAGCUGGAUUCCUUGCUGAAUUGGGGCGUCCAAACGUCAAGAAGAAAUAUGGGCGUUUUAAAUUUCCGAAUGGUAUUGGUAAAAAGAUUUCCGAAGCGAAAGAAGAAAAGAGCAGCAUACAACGAGCGCAGCUAA